UGGCGACCUAGCCGGGGACGGGAAAGAGAGAGAGAGAGAGAGUGAGAGAGACCCACACACAAUCAGUGAGGAAGAGGGAAAGAGAGAGAAAGAGAGAGGGAGAAAGGGGGAGAGCAGGGAUCUUACCAGACUAAUGGCUGCACUGCUCGUGGGAUUUCGCCUAAUUUUUCGACUCCUGAUCCUCCUGCCUCUCAGCUCUUUGUUUGCCGACGGACUGGGGAGGGGAGCGGCGCGCUGCAGCCGGACUUCGGGCUCGUACCCCGUCCCUGGACCCGGCAAGAGAGCGAACCAUUGCGGUGGACCGGUGGUCUUGGCCGGAGUCGAUUCAGAGAUCCGUCCAUGGUGGAUUUUACAGUCUGCCUGCCGUGCCUCAAAAUGUCACGUCUGGGGCUGCAUUAGUCGGGAGGGCGCAUGUCGGAGCCUGAACGCGUUAACACCUUCGUGCUCUGGAAUCGGAGAUGCACAAAGAGCAGCUCGGGGACAGCGGCCACGGACUGUGUGCCGUCAUCUCCCGUCAGGUACGAGGACCCGCGGGGGAAGGGGCGUUGUUCCACCUUUUCUCUCAUCCCCGAUACAAUAUGGAAAAAAGCCGUCUGUGCAAAGGACUAGAACGAACACACGGUUACCCUCCCUUCGGUUGCUUUCUCCCUUUGCUAAAGUCGCCGCAGGGGGAGUCUUUGUGAGUGACCAACGCUUGGGAGGUGAAAGUGAUGUGUGCAGAUUGCUGCUUGUCUUUACACGGGCCAGCGCCCAGCGUCCCGGGCCCAGCCGUUGGGCCAGUUCUGUAGCACAGGAGAAUCCCCGCUGUCUGCUUUCAGUCUCUUACUUUUACCAUGAUCUAUAUUUUGAGGUGGACACUGGCGAUAAUGACGAAUGUAAUUGUAGCAGUUACAGUUUUAUUGAUGUCGUCAGCGAUGUUUGCAAUUCGAUCGCUACAGCUGGUGACACUGAGAGCCGCGCGCGCAGGCCCUACCCGAGUUAUGUGUUCUCAGCAGCAGCAGACAGCGCGAGCGGGUGCUCAGAGUCGCACCUGAUUAUGAAGCGCGCUGUCGCGCGUGUUCAUUGUGCCCACCGAGAUGGCUGCCACUGUCUAGCUGUGGAUGGAGUGAAAACACGACCAAACAGAAGUAUUUUAUUACACCCGAUCGAUAAGGCUUGCGGCGCGAGUGCAUCAUCAAACUCAAACAGCGGAACAACUCCAGAGAAGGGAAAGGGUUCGCCGGUGUCUCUGUCCAACAGCAGGAGAAGCACAGGGAGGACACGCACCCGCGGGGAAAGGGGUGUUCCAGCUCGAUCCAAAGGCUCUUCCCAGGGGAUUCCGGCCCGCCACAGGCGUCCCGAGUGCGAUGUGUCAGUGAGUAAUCCAGACUCCCAGAACCGCUGUCAUAUUCCCGCUAAUGGCACAACUCAAGUCAACGGGGAGUAUGCUGCCCAUACUAGGGCAAAUGUCCAUUCUGUGUCUUCUGUUAUUUCCAAAACUUCCGCAACUCAAUCUUCUGAUCUUUCUGAAGUUGCUCCUUUCUCUCACUCCGCGGGCUCCCCCAUCAACCUCAGAGCAUCUUCUAACGCCGAUCCGUCUGCUGUAGUGUCAGCUGUUCGUGCUGCUCUCGAAACAAAUGUUGCUAACGACGAUAUCACCAAAAGCGGCCGUGACGUUACUCUCGCGUUGAAUUUGCCCGAGCUUUCUGAAGUUCUGCACUCCAGAGAACUGCACCGCUCAGAACAGGCGCUGUGCUCCACGGCUCGCGCUGGUAAUCUAAAGCAAUCAGCACCACCAGUCCAAUGGACAGCUCCCAUCACAAGUUUGCCUCGUCGCGCAUGGCUGGAAGAAAAAAUACUUUCAGAUGUAAUACAUUGGAGGAUUACAAAUAACCUGAACAACAACAACAACAACAACAAUAACAAAAACAACAUCAACAACAACAACAAUAAUAAUAACAAUGACAAAAACAACAACAACAACCAUAACAGCAACAACAGCAAGGAAGAUCCCGAUGAGACGAACAGAAAUCUAAGCGGUGAAGGUUUAGAUGCUGAGGGAAGUCAGGGAACGACUCCGCGAGUACAUUCCCAGCAUACACCACGGGAGGAGUUCCCGAAGGAGAGCUGCCACGAUGCGUGUGUUGACGCUGCAACUCGCAAAGGCUUAAACACCGAUGAGGGAGUCACGCGCCUGCAAUUAAAAGCCGGUAAAUUAGUGGCAUUACAACGCGGAGGUGUCAGUCAGCUGCGGGAGCAGCUGGGUCGCGAGGCCCAGGGGCAGAGGAGAGAAGGUGGGGAAGAGGAGGAGGCGGGGGAGUGGCAGGGUCCAGGAAAAACAAAGGCAACAAAAUGGACAGAUGUGAUUGAGCAAAGAAAAGGGAAAGGUCAUAAAAACAGCUCACAGGCAGAGGGAGGAAAAAACAGUGACACAUGGAGAGGGGGACAGAGCUAUGAGAACAGAGAAACCGAGGGCUACGAGGGUGGAGGUGGAGAAAAAGGGGAUGAGAACAGAGAAAAAGAGGGAUAUAAGGGUAGAGGUGGAGAAGAAGAGGAUGAGAACAGAGAAACAGAGGGAUAUAAGGGUAGAGGUGGAGAAGAGGAGGAUGAGGACAGAGAAACAGAGGGAUAUAAGGGUAGAGGUGGAGAAGAAGAGGAUGAGAACAGAGCAAGAGGGAGAUAUGAGGAUGAUGAGAAAGAGGGAGAGGGCGAUGAGGACAGGAAAAGAGAAGGAGAGGGGGAUGAGAAGAAUGAGAGGGAAGUACACAAGGAUGCAGAGAGAGGAGGAGGUGUGCAUAAAGACAGCGGAGGAGAGGGGGGUGAGGAAGAGCGGGAGAGAGCGCCGGGCCGUUCCAGGCGAGCGGCGAACAGGCACCCCCAUUUCGCCCAGUACAAUUACCAGGUGCAGGUGGCCGAGAACCAGCCGCCGGGCACCUCGGUCAUCGCCAUGGCAGCGCAGGACCCGGACGCGGGGGAGGCGGGGCGUCUGAGCUACAGCAUGGCGCCGCUCAUGAACAGCCGGUCCAUGGACUUCUUCCACAUCGACCCGGCCACCGGCCUGAUGAGCACCACGCAGGUGCUGGACCGCGAGCACAUGGACCUGCACUACUUCCGCGUGACCGCGGUCGACCACGGCUCGCCGCGCCUCUCCGGCACCACCAUGGUCGCCAUCACCGUGUCCGACCGCAACGACCACUCGCCCGUCUUCGAGCAGGGCGAGUACCGCGAGACCAUCCGCGAGAACGUGGAGGAGGGCUACCCCAUCCUGCAGCUGCGCGCCACCGACCUGGACGCGCCCUCCAACGCCAACAUCCGCUACCGCUUCGUGGGCGACGCGGCGGCCGCGCGGGCCGCCUUCGAGAUCGACCCGCGCUCGGGGCUGAUCGCCACGCGGGGCCCCGUCGACCGGGAGACCGUGGAGCGCUACACCCUGCAGGUGGAGGCCAGCGACCAGGGCAAGGAGCCCGGCCCGCGCUCGGCCACGGUCCGGGUCUACAUCACCGUGCUGGACGAGAACGACAACGUGCCGCAGUUCACGGAGAAGCGCUACGUGGUGGCGGUGCGCGAGGACGUGCGGCCGCACUCGGAGGUGCUGCGCGUCAGCGCCACGGACCACGACAAGGACGGCAACGCCGCCGUCCACUACAACAUCAUCAGCGGCAACAGCCGCGGCCAGUUCUCCAUCGACAGCGUGACGGGCGACAUCCAGGUGGUGGCGCCCCUGGACUUCGAGGCGGAGAGGGAGUACACGCUCCGGGUGCGGGCGCAGGACAACGGGCGCCCGCCCCUCUCCAACAACACCGGCAUCGUCAGCGUGCAGGUGACCGACGUCAACGACAACCCGCCCAUCUUCGUCUCCACGCCCUUCCAGGCCUCCGUGCUCGAGAGCGCCCCCGUAGGCCACUCCAUCCUGCACAUCCAAGCUAUCGACACCGACUCAGGGGACAACGCUCGGCUGGAGUACCGGCUGACGGGGACCAGCUCGGACACUCCCUUCGUGGUAAACUCGGCCACGGGCUGGGUGACCGUGAGCUCGGAGCUGGACCGCGAGGCGGUGGAGCAUUAUUUCUUUGGCGUGGAGGCCAGGGACUACGGAGCCCCGUCCCUCUCGGCCUCUGCCAGCGUCACCAUCACCGUCAUGGACGUGAACGACAAUCGGCCCGAGUUCCUGCAGAAGGAGUACUUUGUGCGCCUGAACGAGGACGCGGCCGUCGGCACGAGCGUGGUCAGCGUGACCGCCGUCGACCGCGACGUCAACAGCGCCGUCACCUACCAGAUCACGGGGGGCAACACGCGGAACCGCUUCGCCAUCAGCACGGCGGGCGGCGGGGGGCUGCUCUCCCUGGCGCUGCCGCUCGACUACAAGCAGGAGCGGCGGUACGUGCUGACGGUGACCGCCUCCGACCGCACGCUGCACGACACCUGCCAGGUGCACGUCAACAUCACCGACGCCAACACGCACCGGCCCGUGUUCCAGAGCGCCCACUACUCGGUGAGCGUGAACGAGGACCGGCCGCCGGGCAGCACGGUCGUGGUCAUCAGCGCCACGGACGAGGACGUCGGCGAGAACGCCCGCAUCACCUACUUCCUGGAGGACAACAUCCCGCAGUUCCGCAUCGACCCCGCCAGCGGCGCCAUCACCCUGCUCACCGAGCUGGACUACGAGGACCAGAUGACCUACACGCUGGCCAUCACCGCGCGCGACAACGGCAUCCCGCAGAAGUCCGACACCACCUACGUGGAGGUGAACGUGAACGACGUGAACGACAACGCGCCGCAGUUCCUCAGCCCGCGCUACCAGGGCGCGGUGAGCGAGGACGCCCCGCCCUUCACCAGCGUGCUCCAGAUCUCCGCCACCGACCGCGAUGCCCACGCCAACGGCCGCGUGCAGUACACCUUCCAGAACGGCGAGGACGGCGACGGCGACUUCACCAUCGAGCCCACCUCGGGCAUCGUGCGCACCGUCCGCCGGCUGGACCGCGAGAGCACGCCGUUCUACGAGCUGACGGCCUACGCGGUGGACCGCGGCGUGCCCCCGCAGCGCUCCCCGGUGCACAUCCAGGUCACCGUGCUGGACGUCAACGACAACGCGCCCGUCUUCCCGGCGGACGACUUCGAGGUGCUGGUGAAGGAGAACAGCGUGGUCGGGUCGGUGGUGGCCCAGAUCACGGCCAGCGACCCGGACGAGGGCCCCAACGCGCAGAUCAUGUACCAGAUCGUGGAGGGGAACAUCCCGGAGAUCUUCCAAAUGGACAUCUUCUCCGGGGAGCUGACCUCGCUCAUCGACCUGGACUACGAGGUGCGGUCGGAGUACGUGAUCGUGGUCCAGGCCACCUCGGCGCCGCUGGUGAGCCGGGCCACGGUGCGAAUCCGCCUGGUGGACCAGAACGACAACGGGCCGCUGCUCCGCGACUUCCAGAUCAUCUUCAACAACUUCGUCUCCAACCGGUCCAACAGCUUCCCGAACGGCGUGAUCGGGCGCGUGCCGGCGCACGACCCGGACGUGUCCGACCGGCUGCACUACUCCAUCCAGCGCGGCAACGAGCUGCACCUGCUGCUGCUCAACCACAGCAGCGGCGAGCUCCGCCUCAGCCGCAAGCUGGACAACAACCGCCCGCUCACCGCCAACAUGCUGGUCACCGUCUCCGAUGGGAUCCACAGUGUUUCUGCGCAGUGUAUUCUCAGAGUGUUGAUCAUCACCGAGGACAUGCUGAGCAGCAGUGUGACGGUGCGCCUGCAGAACAUGUCCCAGGAGCACUUCCUGUCGCCGCUGCUCGCUCACUUCCUGGAGGGCGUGUCGGCCGUGCUGUCCGUGCCCCAGGAGGACGUGUUCGUGUUCAACAUCCAGCCCGACGUGGAGGCGGGGGACGUCCUGAACGUCAGCUUCUCCGCCGCUCUGCCGGGGGGGCGCUUCUUCCCCUCCGAAGCCCUGGAGGAGCGGCUGUACCUCAACCGGCCACGCCUCACCUCUCUGGCCCAGAUGGAGGUGCUCCCAUUCGACGACAACGUGUGCCUGCGCGAGCCGUGCCAGAACUACAUGAAGUGCAUCUCCGUCCUGCGCUUCAACAGCUCCGCCCCCUUCAUCGCCUCCCCCACCAUCCUGUUCCGGCCCAUCCACCCAAUCGCGGGCCUGCGCUGCCGCUGCCCCGUCGGCUUCACCGGCGACUACUGCGAGACGGAGAUCAACCUGUGCUACUCCAACCCCUGCCUGAACGGGGGCGUGUGCGCCCGCCGAGAGGGCGGCUACACCUGCAUCUGCCGCGAAAGCUACACAGGUGAGCACUGUCAGUGGGACUGGCGGCAGGGUCGCUGUGCCCCGGGCAUGUGCCGAAACGGGGGGAAGUGCCGGGCGGAGCCCAAGGGGGGGUUCCACUGUGAGUGCCCGGCCGGCGGGUACGAGCGCCCGGACUGCGCCAUCACCACCCGCUCCUUCCCCCCCAAAUCCUUCAUCAUGUUCCGCGGCCUCCGGCAGAGGUUCCACCUCACCGUCUCCCUCUCCUUUGCUACUCUGGAGAGCCGAGGCCUACUGCUGUAUAACGGCCGCUUCAAUGAGAAGCACGACUUCCUGGCGCUCGAGAUCCUGGACGGACAGGUGCAGCUGACGUACUCCACAGGUGAAUCCUCCACCCAGGUGAGCCCUUACAUACCGGGAGGCGUAAGCGAUGGUGACUGGCACACCGUCCACAUACACUACUACAACAAGCCCAAGCGGAGCAUGAACGGGGAGGGCCAGGGCCCGUCGGAUGAGAAGGUGGCGGUGGUCAGCGUGGACGACUGCGACACCGCCGUGGCCCUCAGGUUCUACCAGCACCUGGGAAACUACAGCUGCGCCGCCCAGGCCCGGCAGACCAGCUCCAAGAAGUCUCUGGAUCUCACAGGACCCCUCUUUCUGGGAGGGGUGCCAAAUUUGCCCGAGAGCUUUCGCUUUGUGACUCGAGAGUUCAUUGGCUGCAUGAAGGAUCUUCACAUCGACAACCGACCCCUGGACCUGGCUGGCUACAUUGCCAACAAUGGCACCCUCCCUGGCUGCAGCGCCAAGCUUCCCUUUUGCAAGUCCAACCCCUGCCAAAAUGGAGGCACAUGUCGAGUGAGCUGGGAAACAUUUUCCUGUGACUGCCCCCUAGGGUUUGGGGGGAAGGACUGCAGCCAUGUGAUGCCUCACCCUCAUCGUUUUCUGGGAAAUAGCGCCCUCUGGUGGGACCUGAAAAAUGACGUUACCAUUUCCACCCCCUGGUACCUGGGCCUGGUGUUCCGCACACGGGGGCGCGAUGGGGUGCUGCUGCAGGCACAAGCCGGGCAGUACACCAGCCUGCUGUUCCAGCUGAUGGGGGGGCAGCUGGUGUUCUCCAUCAGCCGGGGCUCGGCCCGGGCGGCCCGCCUGCGCCUGGACCAGGUGCAGGUGAGCGACGGGCGCUGGCACGACCUGCAGCUGGAGCUGAGAGACGUCCGCAGCGGCGCCGAGACUCGCUACGUGGCCACCGUCCGCCUGGACUUCGGCCUGUUCCAGGGCACGGUGAUUGUGGGUAAUGAACUGCACAGCCUGAAGGUGAAGCACCUGCAUGUGGGGGGCGUCCUCGGAUCGGGGGAGGUGCAGAGCGGAAUGAGGGGCUGUAUCCAGGGAGUACGUUUGGGGGUGAGACCUGAUGCACCCCCUCUGCCCCGCCCAACCCGAGCUGUGAAGGUAGAGGUUGGCUGCAGCGUAGGGAAUCCCUGCAACUCCUCCCCCUGUCCCGCCCACAGCCAGUGUGCUGACCAAUGGGAACGCCACUCCUGCGUGUGCGAGCCAGGUUACUAUGGUAAGAGCUGCACAGAUGCGUGCCAGCUGAACCCGUGUGAGAAUGAGGCUCAGUGUCACCGUAAGCCCAACUCAUCCCACGGCUACGCCUGUGACUGCGGGGACGACCACUACGGACAGUACUGCCAGAACAAGAUGGACCAGCAGUGCCCUCGUGGAUGGUGGGGCAACCCCACAUGCGGACCCUGCAACUGUGAUGCCAGUAAAGGCUUUGAUCCUGACUGCAAUAAGACCAGCGGCCUGUGCCUCUGCAAGGAGUUCCACUACCGCCCCCGGGGCAAGGACACCUGCCUGCCGUGCGACUGCUACCCGGUGGGGUCCUUCUCUCGGUCAUGUGACCCAGAGAAUGGGCAGUGCCAGUGUCGGCCCGGCGUGAUUGGCCGCCAGUGUAACGCGUGUGACAACCCCUUCGCUGAGGUCACACAGGCUGGCUGUGAGGUGAUCUAUGAUGGAUGCCCUAAGACCGUUACCUCCGGGAUCUGGUGGCCUAGGACCAAGUUCAGCCUCCCGGCAGCUGUGCCCUGUCCCAAAGGCUCUGUGGGUGCAGCGAUAAGGCAUUGUGAUGUGGAGAGGGGCUGGGUGGAUCCUGAUCUGUUUAACUGCACUUCCCCUCCGUUUGUGGAGCUCAAUGCAGCGCUGGAGUCAGUAGAGAGGAAUGAGACAGAGCUCAGCACCAUAGCGGAGAAGAAACUGGCUCAUCAGCUGCGUGAUGUCACAGAGGCCACGUCCCGUCUCUAUGGAAACGACCUGCAGAUCGCCGAGCGGCUGCUGUCCCGGCUGCUGGCCUUCGAGAGUCGACAGAGCGGCUUCGGUCUGACCGCCACGCAAGACGCCCACUUCAACGAGAACGUGCUGCGGGGCUGCAGCGCCCUCUUGGGCCCGGGCAGUGCGGCGCUGUGGCGCGGGCAGAGCGGGGCGGGCGAGCGCGGAGCCGCGGGCCUCACAGAGCUGCUGGAGCUGUACGCUCGAACCCUGGCCCAGAACAUGAAGCUCACCUACCUCAACCCUGUGGCCCUGGUGGCUCCCAACAUUGUGAUGAAUCUGGACCGCGUGGAGAACCACACUCAUGUUCGCCGGCGUUUCCCUCGGUACCACAGCAGCCUGUUCCGUGGCCAGACUCCCUGGGAUCCUCACACACACGUGGUGCUGCCCCCUGCUGUCCUGGUCCCGCAACGACCCUCCGUGCCCUACCCCAGCAGCCUCCACACGCCGGUUAGCGUUUCGACCAAUCACACCGCAGAGAUCUCUGUAGCCAAGCGCACUGUCACCCCGCCAGACCCGCCAAUCACCAUCGUGAUACUGCUGAUCUACCGCAGCCUGGGAUUGGCUCUCCCUGCCAAGUACCACACCGACCGCCGCGGAGUCAGACUCCCCAGGCACCCUGUGAUGAACUCUCCCAUCGUAAGCGUUUCUGUCUACAAUAACCAGUCCUUCCUGGAGGGGAUGCUAGAGUCCCCUCUCCUGCUGGAGUUCCGCCUCCUUCAGACAACCAAUCGCAGCAAGCCUCUGUGUGUGCAAUGGAACCACAGCAGCCUGCUGGAAACAGGGGGCUGCUGGACAGUGAGGGACUGCAGCGUGGUGUACAGGAACACCUCGCAUGUGCGCUGCCAGUGUCAGAAACUGGGCACUUUCGGGGUCCUGAUGGACAGCUCCCAGCGCGAGCAGCUGGAGGGGGAUUUGGAGACUCUGGCCGUGGUGACGUAUUCCUCCCUGUCGGUGUCCCUGUUGGCUCUGCUCCUGACCGUCAUGGUCCUGUCUUGCCUGAGAGGGCUGAAGUCCAACACCCGCAGCAUCCACUCCAACAUGGCCGCCGCCAUCUUCCUGUCUGAGCUCGUCUUCCUGCUGGGCAUCAACCAGACUGAGCAACAGUUCCUGUGUACUGUCAUUGCCAUCCUGCUGCAUUACUUCUUCAUGGCCACUUUUGCCUGGCUGUUUGUGGAGGGGCUGCACAUCUACCGCAUGCAGACGGAAGCUCGGAACAUCAACUACGGAGCCAUGAGGUUCUACUACGCCAUAGGCUGGGGUGUGCCCGCCAUCAUCACAGGCCUGGCUGUGGGGCUGGAUCCUGAAGGCUAUGGGAACCCGGAUUUCUGCUGGAUCUCUGUCCAUGACAAGCUCAUCUGGAGCUUCGCUGGACCCAUUGGCAUUGUUAUUGUGAUGAAUGGCGGGAUGUUUAUGAUUGUUGCGCGCAUGUCCUGCAGCCCCACACAGAAGGAAACCAAGAAACAGUCGGUUGUUGCCACCAUACGCAGUGCCACCAUCCUGCUGGUCCUGGCCAGCUCCACCUGGUUCUUUGGGCUGAUGGCUGUGAAUAACAGUGUUCUGGCCUUCCACUACCUCUACACUGUGCUGUGCUGCUUACAGGGUGUGGCGGUGUUGCUGGUGUUCUGCCUGUUGAAUGCAGAGGUGCAGGAGGCCUGGAAACUCUCCUGUUUGGGGAAGAAGAGCCCAGCUGAGGAUCCACCACACACCUCCCAAAUCACUGGCCCAAAUCCCUACAACAGCGCCUCCUUGCUGGAACAGAGUGGACUGCACCGCAUCACCCUGGGAACCUCCACCAUCUCCUCAGUCAGCAGUGCACGAGAGAACCUGCUGGCCAGACAAACCCUGGAGCAGAACCUCCUCAGUCACACAGGAGCCACUGACCUGGAUGUAGCCAUGUUCCACCGAGACGGAGGGGAAGAUUCGGACUCGGACUCAGACCUCUCUCAGGACGAGGAGUGCAGUCUGUCCAUCCCAUCCUCUGAGAGCGAGGACAACGUUCGUCUCCGCGGGCGCAUCCAGCGACGGUUCAAACGCUCCAAUCACAGUGAGCGGCUGCUCACGGAGCCCGCCCACAAUGGUACCAAAGACCUAGAUGGGAACGACUUGCUCUCCUAUUGGCCAGCGUUGGAGGAGUGCGAGGCUCACUCGUUACAGAAGUGGGGCUCAGAGCGCCGCCUAGGGGCGGACUUCAGUAAGGACGCCGCCAACAACAACCAGCCCGAUGCAGCGCUGACCAGCGGAGAUGAGAGCGGACUGACACAACCCCAUCGCCACCGCAAGGGCAUCCUGAAGAACCGUUUGGGCUGCCCCCCUGCCCUGUCCUCCAUGGGCCGCGUCCCGAGCGAGCUGUCCUGGUACCGCACCUCCACGCUGGGCCACCGGGCGGUGCCGGCCGCCUCGUACGGGCGCAUGUACUCCGGGACGGGGUCGCUCUCCCAGCCGGCCUCCCGCUACUCGUCCCGCGAGCACCUGGACUCGCUGUCCCGCCGGCAGCUCUCCCGGGACCCGCUGGGGCGCCCGGCGGCGGGCGGCGGGGGGUCCCGGGACGGCCUGGAGCAGGCCCCCCCGAGCCGGCACGGCUCCCGGGACAACCUGGACCUGCUGCCGCGGCGGCGGGAGCCGGCGGGGCCGGCGCCGCGGGAGAACCUGGGCGCCUCGCGGGACCGGCUGGACGCCGCCCCCGGCGCCCACGCCUCGCGGGAGGACCUGGCGGGGUCCCGCGCCCAGCUCCACCCGCUGCUGCAGCGGCAGGCGUCCCGCGAGCACCUGGGCGGGGCGCUGAUGAGCAGCCGCUCCCGCGAACAGCUGGAGAGCGGCGGCGGCGGCGGCGGGGGCGGGGCCGGGGCCGGGGCCGGGGGCGGGGCGGCGCCCUGCAGGGAGUGGCUCCGCACCCUGCCCCCCCGCCAGACCUCGCACCCGGAGCAGCCCCACCACCCCCCCUCGCCCCCUCCCCCCAUCGCUGAGCAGCAGGAGCCUCAGGACCCCCCCCCCUCACGCGGCAGACUGGACUCGGCCCCGCCCUGUAGGUACCCCUCCCCCCCUGCCCCGCCCAGCCGACACCCGUCCAACGAGCACCUGGACAUUCUGUCCUCCAUCCUGGCCUCCUUCAGCUCCUCAGUGCUCGCCCCUCCCACUCCACCUCCUCUCGGACCCUCCCCCUCUCCCCCUCACUCUACUACCUCCCACAGCAUCUCCGAAAUCUCCCCGGACACUGAAAUGAACAGAAGUGAAGGGCAGUCUUGAUGACACACCCAUAUCCCACAAUGCACUCUGUCUGUACCACAGCACAGGGGACAGCAGGACAGAGACCACUGAGGCAUCCUGGGAUACUGGGGGACUUUUGCAUGCCACAGUUGACAGGAUGUGAGCAGGAAAAGAUGGCGGAAGGAGAGAAAAAAUGGAAGAGAGGGAGGGAAGAAUGGUAUUUACACCGUGAUGACCUUUUGACCAGACGCACUACACACACAAAAGAGGAGGGAGCAACAGUUUAAAAACAAACCUGUAAAUACGUUUUUUUAUACAUUUUGUAUCUUUUUCAUCAGAGAUGGGAAAAAAAACAUUUCUAUUGUGUUGUUUUUAAAUUUGACGAUAUUGUCCAGCAAGAAAAGUGUGUAAAGAUGUUUCUCCAGGUUUGAGGGAGGGGGGAGGGGUUAGAACAUUGGAUAAGACAAAACUCUGUGACCUUUACCCUGGAAGCUAACCCUGAUGAAACACAACACAAUUUCAUAUGUCUGUACAGUGGACCUCCAUCUUUGGGGUGUGUCAGUGUUUGAAACUCUGUUUGAAAAACUGAUAUGCUGGUAAACUAGUCUCUCCAGAAGACAGACAUUCUCAUUAUGACAGUGCCGCCUAUUUUUUUAUAUUUUAUUUAUUUAUUUAUUUUUAUGAUAGUAUUCAAAAGCAGUAUUCAAAGAUCGCCAUACCAUUAACCAGAAAAGAAAAUGGUGCAUUAAUCAUUAAUUCAUAUCAAAUACACUCAUCAGAUACACAUGGAAUAUUUUCUUGAUUUAAUUCAUAAUUGUUCUGUUAUGUAAAUAAUAGCUUUUAAAACAGACAGUCAGUACAGACCCAAAUUUUAAAAUUUUCUCUAUUCGGACUGCAGAACUCUAAUCCCCAGCAUUAAACAUUACAGAACUUUAUUUUUAUGCGACAGCUGCCACACUUAGAGUGUAGGUGGCUCGCUAAGCUGUUUAGAGAGAACAAAAACAUGUCUAAUAUUAUCUAAUAUUUUUUCUGGCGCACAGUUUUUAAAAAAAUGGAAACUCAUUUUUCUUUGGCUUAAGUCUAGGAUUGUGUCUUCAGGUUCUUGUGGCUUUAAAACGGCCUUUGUGUCCAAGGCUGGGGGCGUGGCCAGAGAACCUGACAUCACAUUUUUACCAGCCUAUUGGGAGAAAGGGUUGCAGUACAGGACAUUGUGUAUGGAGUGUUUUGAUUGUUGGGGUGGGUGGGGGGUGGUGGGGAGGGUACUGAGCAGAAGGGGGUUUAUUUGUGACGGUUUUAAUGGGAUGCUAUAGGAAGCAUCAAUGGUACGAGCUACAUGAGAAUGUCACAGUGCUGCAGCAUGUACACGUCAGUCUGGCCCUCGGGCUCUUCAUAUAAACGUGGAAAACCCAGCUCAGUGUUCUGUGGAAUCACGGCAUAUUUAAAUCAAACAGGUUUUUUUUCAGAAGAGGGAAGGAUGAAAAUGAAUUUUAAAUUAAUUUGCGGAGGAAGGACGCUAUGAGGAGCAAGAUGGCGGGGAAUGGUGCAUAAAAGGAAUAACGGAAAGAUUUAAAGAGAAGACAGCAACAGAGGCACAGGGUUAAAACACAGACGCUCACAUGCUACACACGCAUGCACACAUACAGAACACAUGCAACACACGCAUGCAUGCACACAGUGCACAUGCAGCGCAGGCAUGCGGACAUACAGCACACAUGUAAUGCAUGCAUGUGCACAUACACAUGUAGCCAUGCGUGCACACAUGUACACACACCAUGCACAUGCACACAUUCAUGCAAAUGCAUGGAUGCAUCCACCUGCAGACCCACACGCACAUGCAUGGGAACACGUACCCGUGUACAUGCUCACAGACAAACGCACACACUUACUCGUGCACGCCCGUGCACGUGCACGUGUGUCCAGUGCUGUACGGGCGUACGACUGACCUUCGUUCUCUUCCUUUUGUUGUGCUAUUAAAUGAAAUGAUAAAAUGAUGUUUUUUUUUGCCAAAAAUCUCCCUGUCUGUUCUUCAGCACGGGGCUGUCCCUCCCACUCCCUUUAUCAUGUACAGACAGAUUUAUUUAUUUAAUUUAUAUGAAUUAAAAUUAAUUUAUGACUUUAUCGUUGCGCGUGUGUGUACAUUCAGAACCUCGCACCGUUCUGAGGUUGUGUGUGUAUGUGCAUACUUGCUAAAAUCAAAAUGAACAUGCAUUUGUGUGAGCGUAAGUGUGUGCGUUUGUGUGGGUGUUUGGCUGUUUCAUGUAAUCCUUGGCCUGGCUGUCCAACUGUGGACCAUAGGUAGGAAAAUGUUCAGAGAGAGAGAGAGAGAGAGAGAGAGAGAGAGAGCGAGAGCGAAAGCAAGACAGAAUGAAAGAGAGAGGUAGAAAGGGAAGGAUAUAUAUAGAGGUCUGUCUGUGUUGUUUUGUGUUUUCUUUGUUUUAUUGUGUUGUGGGGGGCUGCCCCAGAGACACAAGGAAAGCCGCUAUUCCUCAGUUUCCAUAGCAACUGUACAAAAGAAAUGUUGGACAUUAAAAGGAAAAAAUAAUUCUGUCAA